AAACCUACGUCUUGAGAAGAAAUGCUUGCCCGUACCGAGAUCUCGGUUAUUGACGGUCUGGCUGCGGGAAAGAGACUCUGAUCUCCAACCGCAGUCGCAUUGACAAGACAUCUUCCCCAGGCACGAGGUAUCCUCUUCUUCAAAAUCCUCACUGCUCAAGGCUCUCUCUCUCUGUGGUGCUGCAGAGAAUCUAUCAUGGCUCCCAAAUAUGUUCCGACGAACUCGGUCUUGAGGAGUCUCAACCACGCUCUUCGAGAACAACCUAAGUGCUCCUCCACGUCCCACUUCAGACCGAGAACAACAAGGUCAGCAGCGACAUUCACUCACCGACGGCAUGCCCAAGCCAUCUCCGUCCUUCCAACUGCAGUGGACAAGUCCAGCCAAGACUUCAAAGACAAUGCAGCGCAGCUGGGUGAGGCCAUGAAUAAAUAUGCAACCUUGCACCAGAAGAUCUCCCAAGGGGGACCAGAGAAGGCGCGCCAAAAGCAUAUCCAAAGGGGCAAAAUGCUCGCAAGAGAUCGCAUAACAGCUCUCAUCGACCCUGGUAGCCCGUUCAUGGAACUCUCACCCCUCGCCGCUCACGAGGUUUACGAGGAUGAAGUCCCCGCCGCGGCCGUUAUCACGGGGAUUGGCACCGUCGAGGGUGUGACAUGCAUGAUCGUUGCCAACGAUGCCACGGUCAAGGGCGGGACAUACUAUCCGUUGACCGUGAAGAAACACCUGAGAGCGCAAGAAAUUGCUCAGCAGAACAAUUUACCGUGCAUAUACCUGGUCGAUUCUGGUGGCGCGAAUCUACCGAACCAAGCCAACGUCUUCCCGGAUCGGGAUCACUUUGGACGUAUAUUCUUCAACCAAGCUAGGAUGAGCAGCAUGGGUAUCCCUCAGAUCGCGGUGGUAAUGGGCCCUUGCACAGCCGGCGGCGCAUACGUACCUGCCAUGUGCGACGAAUCCAUCAUCGUGGAGAAACAAGGCACCAUCUUCCUGGCAGGUCCGCCGCUGGUGAAAGCGGCCACAGGCGAGGUCGUCUCGGCCGAAGACCUGGGCGGCGGCUCACUUCACAGCUCCGUCUCUGGCGUCACCGACUAUCUCGCCGUGGACGACGCUCACGCAAUCGUUCUUGCCCGCCGCUCCAUCGCCAAUCUCAACUACCCCAGAGAGCAACCUCCGGUAAACCCCAAUGAGAUCCGCGAACCUCUGUAUGACCCGUCUGAGCUCGCUGGGAUCGUAGGCACGAACCUGCGCAAACAGAUCCCCAUGCGCGAAAUCAUCGCCCGCAUCGUCGACGGCAGCGAGUUCGCCGAGUUCAAGAAGGACUAUGGGACCACUCUGCUGACGGGGUUCGCCAGGAUCCACGGCUACCAGGUGGGCAUCAUCGCCAACAACGGCAUUUUGUUCUCCGAGUCGAGCUUGAAAGGCGCGCAUUUCAUCGAACUGUGCUGUCAACGGAACAUCCCGCUGGUAUUCCUGCAGAACAUUUCUGGGUUCAUGGUAGGCGCGGACGCCGAGCGGGGCGGCAUCGCGAAGAACGGGGCAAAGCUGGUUACCGCGGUCGCCUGCGCCGACGUGCCAAAGUUCACCGUUGUCGUGGGCUCGUCCGCCGGCGCAGGGAACUACGGCAUGUGCGGGCGCGCCUACUCGCCUCGGUUCCUGUGGAUGUGGCCCAACGCGAAGAUUGGGGUCAUGGGCCCCGACCAGUUGACGGCCGUCAUGGAGACGGUGGGCAAGAGCGUGGACGUGGGUCUGAGGGACCGCAUUGAGCGGGAAAGUGAUGCGUGCUUCUCCAGCGCGAGGCUGUGGGAUGACGGCGUCAUCCAUCCCGCGCAGACCAGGAGCAUGCUGGCGAUGGGGUUGAAGGCUGCGCUGGGCGGCAAGGCAGAUGACAAGCAGACGAAAUUUGGCGUCUUUAGGAUGUAGAUGGAUGGCGGUUUUGAGUUGGUCCCAGUCCAUCUCUCCGCGCGAAAUGGGAUCCGCCCAGUCAACUGGGUCGGCCAUGGAGGGCACGCGUGGAUGCAGGGCUCAGGGGAACAUUGAGCAACACCUAGACGACUCUACAGCGCUUUAAACGAGAACAAGCAAAUUGUUGAUGGCAAGACAAGAACGAGACAGAAUACAGUGGUCGUCAGACGACAACAAUUCGACCUGAGUCGGAUCGACUGGGCUGAAUGUUUUCACAAGAUGACGCACCUGUCCCGAUUCCUCUGCCGCCGGCCCCUGCGAUCGUGCCGGUUCGGUCUGUCCCUCCUCCUCGCGGCGGCCUGCUGCUCGACCAUGAGAUUCCGCGCCCCUUCCUUCUGGAUGAUCUGCGCGCACAGAUUCAGAAACACCUCGUCGACGUUGGUCCUCCGCCUGGCGCUCGUCUCGUAGUACGGCUUCUGACCCCACGACUGCGCGAGUUGGAACGCCCGUGCGCGGGGCACGACGCGGUCGUCUUCCAUGUCGGACUUGUUCCCCACCACGACGAGAGGGAUGUCGUCGUCGUCUUUGAUGCGGACGAUCUGUUCGCGUAGUUCGGCCAGUUCGUAGAACGAGUUCAUGUUGCAGAUGGAGAAGACGAGGAGGAAGCCCUGGCCUUGUUUCAUGUAGAGUUCGCGCAUUGCUGUGAAUUGUUCGGUGCCGGCCGUGUCGAGGCUGGAGAGGGUUUCAAAGAGCUGGUUAGCACGGGAAUCAUGGAGACAGCAAACGAGAUUGUGGCACAUUCGCGAGGCGCCAUUGCCCUCGUUGCAGUGGAAUGAGAAAGUUCGAGGAAGGAAUCCCAGAUCCUUACAUUUCCAGCAUGAUCUGUCGACCAUCGACAUUGACUUGCUUUCGGUACGAGUCCUCGAUGGUUGGGUCAUAGCUCUCAAUCCAGACAUUUUGC